AUGGCAACUGUAACUGCUGCUACACCUGACGGAACAACAGCAACUGUCUUAAAGAGAUUUUUGUUUUUGGGUCCAACAGGAGUGGGUAAAUCCAAAAUGAUUAACUGCUGCUAUAAUCGUAGUGUGGAGAAAUCAUUGUUGGAAACUCCAGCUGGUGUUGGUACUAUAGAUAGUAUAAUUGGUACAACAUCAUCUAUUUCAAAUUAUGUUGAUCAAAGGAAUAAAAUUGUAUACGUAGAUACAGUUGGAUAUGGUGAUGUUCGUUUUCAUCAGAAUACACAAUCAUUUCUUUUAUUUUUUCGUGAAUUAAUAUGUUAUUCAUCCAUUGGAUAUAACUGGAUAUUUCUUGUCAUUCGUUUUUCUCAAAUGAGUCAGGAUACAUUAGUUUAUAUACAAAGUCUCGAAGCAUUACUUGGUGAAAAAGCAUUUUCACGCUGUACGAUUGUAUUUACAAAUUGUAAACAACCAAAUAUGACUCGUGAACGAUGUAUCGAAGCCAACAAACAACAUACCGAAAUUGUAGCUAUAUUAAGGAAAGUAAACAAUGUCAUUUUUGGCGAUAUGGAUACAGAUGAUGUAUUGGCUGAUUCUGAUAGCAACAGCGAUGAAGAUGAAACUAAUGAAAACAUUCGACAGAAACAAAUGAAAAAGCGGACAAAGUUUAUGCAAAGAAUGCUGCUUCAGAUGGAUCAAAUAGACGAAAAAACAUUGACUCUUGAAAAAGACUGGUAUCAAUACUACAAGACAAAAUUUACAACCUUUAUGGGCUAUAUAUGGGAGAAAAUCGUUGGAAAACCAAAUGAAUUGAGUAAAUUGUAUAAGCUGACUGUUGGUCUAAGAAAAGAUAUACCAGUCACAAUUUAUUAUGAGGAAUGUUCAAUAUGUCUUGAAUUAAUUGUUGAAAUCGUAGAUCAUACUCCGAAAGCUUGCAUUACAAAAUGGGGUCAUAUUUUUCAUUAUGACUGUUUGAAACGAUCAUUUGAGGAACAAAAGAAAUGUCCCAAUUGUCGAACAGAUUUAAGAAGUCUUCCCGAGAGAGUGACGGGCUUGCUUAUUGGCAUAAAAGAAAUUCAAGAACCACUGAAAUCAAACGCAUAA